AAUAUUAUGGAAAAAUUCUUGUAUUUUCCUUAAAAUUUCCUCAUUUCAUUUCUACAAGAACCAAUGCAUCCUCCACUUCAUCCUCACUCAUGCAAGCAAAUCUAGUCUCAUAGAAACUAACACAUGAUUUUCAUAUAUUUAUUUGUAUCUUACAUGUUAAUAGAAUGGUUUGUCUUAUUACAUGACUUGUAUAUUUUUCUUGCCCGUCCUCUUUUCCAGUUUAUAUUUGAUACACCAACGACCACUUGUGUGGCGGAUCCACCACACGAAGAAACUCAUGCCAUGAAGCUUGGUGGUUUUGAGAAUGUCCAAGGUAAGAAGAUCUUGGGAAUGAAUCCAAAGAUUGUGAUGGAAAGAUUAGGAAUGUUUUGGGAUCCCAAUGAUCAAAAUGAGAGUAUAGCAUUGGGAGAUAUGGUUGAUUUGUUUAUUGAGGAUGAACCAAGCUUAGAUGAAGUGAAAGAAGCCUUUAGUGUGUUUGAUAAGAACGGUGAUGGGUACAUUGAUGCGAACGAGCUACAAAAUGUGCUUUCUGAAAUGGGGUUUUUACAAAUAUCCGAAAGUGAUUGUAGAACGAUGAUUGUUGGCUAUAGUGCGCAGAAUGACGGUAAGAUUAAUUUUCAAGAAUUUUUGAAAGUCGUUGAGGAUGCUUUUCUUUAACUUAGAAAUCUUGUGUACUAUGUUGCAUUGCUAGCUAGUUCUUCAUUUAGUUUUUUGAAACAUAUAGUGUCGUAUUUGGUACAUUGUACAUGUAUUACAAGAAAGGAAGUACAAGGUUUAUGUA